AUGGGCGCAAUGACAAGUAGUGGCUGUGCUGCGUUCAUUAGGGAUCUGACCUCUGCUUAUCCCAACAUGUUUUCGAAAAUACCACAGAGGUUCAGCGCACCAUUCGGAUUAUUGGGCGACGAAGCAAAGCUUGCAUUCCCGAGUCAGCCAGGGGGUAUCACCAAGCUCUCCACAGUCAGGAACAUCCCUAAAAAUGACGGCUACUGGGACCAGUACUUCACUCUAUUUGAUUCGGCAUCCGACGUGUUCUCUCUUAUAACUUCUCACCACAUUCGCCGUGCCUUGCUGGAUGCCCCGGAGAAUAUUGCGACACUGAUUCAUGUUGUUUGUAUUCGGCUCUUCAAUCUCAUUUCCGACCACACAUUCCCCACCGCAAGCACAUCAGCUUCAGUUACAGCGUUUGCAUCCUCAAUCAUAAAGACUGGGACCUCCUCUGCGGAAAGAAACGCGACGAAAGAAGUUUUAAACUGCCUGCGAAUACUGCAACGCGUACUUCCAGUGAUAUUCGAGGUCCAGGGGGAAUCAAAUGUGUUUGAGACAGAGCUACUUUGGAAACGAGAAGAAGUCGAUGAAGUGGCUGAAGAGGCAGGGGAUGAGCCGCAAUUUGUAAUUGAAGACGAAGAUGAGGACCAAGAACGCGAUAGUCGACUAGGAGAUUCACAACCAUCUGCGAAGAAGCAACUGCCGUCAUUGGGGGAAAGGCUCUUUGGUGCUGUAGUCGAUCUGAUGUUUUGUUGCGGUUUUACUCUACCCUCAAAAAUUCAGGUUGAUCAUCAUAAGAUCAGUUACCUCAUAUGGGAGAAAGGCAUUGGCUCUACAUUGGACACACCUGCCACAUUUGCGUACGAUAACAACAAGACUGAGGUUCUCAGACUUCUUCUCGUUCUUUUGUCACGACAAAUCUAUGUCCCUCCCGGUUCUCUGUUUACGAAGCCGUCACUCUACUCAAUCCACCUCGUCCAGAAAACCGCUCGCCGUGACGUUCUUACAAUUUUGUGCUCCCUUCUGAACACAGCAAUGAAUUCUUCCACAGCCCAAGACAUGUCCUUAGGAGCAAUGGCUGGCAAGCUGCCGUACAAUCACCUUGUUUUCAAAGGAGAAGACCCACGAGUAAACCUCGUGGGCAUUUGUUUCCAAGUCCUUUGUGUUCUACUGGAUUUUCAGAGCGGGACAGCGCGAGACAUUGUGACCGGAAGUGGAGAAACGCAGACAUCGGCGCCUACGGCACGAACAAAUGCCUUCCGCUAUUUUCUGAUGAAACUGCAUCGAGACCAAGAUUUUGAGUUUAUCAUUACGGGAAUUGUCGGUAUUCUCGAACAACAAAUGACAUCCGUGAACAAACUCCUUCCAGGUUCGAAGAAGGCUCUUCCGUAUGUCACCGAAACCAUUAUUUUUUUCUGGAAGAUGAUAGAGCUGAACAAAAAAUUCCGCGUACACGUCUUGCAGUCGCAAAAGUCGACAGACCUCGUUGCUUAUCUUUUAUGCUACUGCGUUGAAAUAAAAGACAAACCUCAGCAACAUGGUCUUUGCCGUGCUAUCUCAUACAUCAUUCAAACUUUAUCGGCCGAGGUAUCGUUUGGUCUCAGGCUAUCGACUCCCGUAACGAUUCAGCUGCCCACGAAAUGGAACUCUGCGGGGAGUGUUGGAGAUUUUAUAAUUAAUGCUACCUACGCGAUUAUAGCAACUACCUCCGGGACCCUCAAUUCCUUGUAUCCAGCAUUGAUUAUUGCCCUCUCGAACUUGGCGCCUUAUUUCAAGGGUCUCAACGUCACGGCAUCCAAUCGACUUGUCCAACUCUUUGGCUCAUUCUCGAAUCCCCUAUUUUUACUCUCCGAUGAGGGUCAUCCACGCCUUUUAUUUUUUAUGCUCGAGGUCCUCAAUUCUAUUGCCCUUCACAAUCUGGCCGAAAACCCCAAUCUGAUCUAUGGCAUCCUGUCCUCCCACAAGAUCUUUGAGGAUCUUGGAACAUUUACACUCGCCCGAGGUCUUCGGGAAAUCAAACGCGUGCAGUUAGCCAAGGAAGAACAGGCAAAGAAACUAGGGAACGACCCCAAUGGCAAGAGUAAGAGUUCAGUUGAUGAAGCUGAGUCAGAAACCCCUGGCGCUGAAAAGGCAAGACUCUUGGAAAGCGAGACCAGGAAUAACAGCAUCGACGAACCUGUUCCCCUUGUUGGAGGUACACCACGCCAAUCGGAUGAAAUCGUGACGAGAUCAUUCAUGUCACCCUCGUCGGACGCUGUUUUGUCCCCAAUUUCCGAGAAGGCGAGGGGGAAAAUGAAGGAGAGAAGGUCGUCGUCGAUCGAUACAAAUUCCAGUCUUGAGCGCAUUGCUGCUGCCGGCAUUGGUAGAAAUGGAUUUAUCCCUACCCAAGAAUGGGUGACAUCAUGGCAGCAAGGCUUGCCUUUGGACACCGUGAUGCUUCUUAUAUCUGAGUUGUUGUCCAAAGUCCAGGAGUUACAAACAUCUCGAAAGGCUAACUCAACUGCUGCCGUCGUCGACUUUCUAUCAAAUGUUACAUUGAAACAUGUACUUCCGGCGACGCCUCCCAUUAUUCCUCGAAGCUUUGUGUGGUCGGACGCAUCGAUGGUAUGGCUCACUUCUUUAAUAUGGGGUGAAGUAUAUGUUCGCGGAAUGUCUCCUCUAAAUAUUUGGAACGGCACCAAUGUGCGGUUGUUUUACGUGAAGCAUACCCAGAACCAAAGACAGCUAACAGACACGGUUUCCACUGUCGUUGGCGGCUUUUUGAGGAGGAACACCGAUUUAUCACAAUCACGGCCGCGUGCAGGAUAG